AGGUUUCAAGUAUUGAGUUACUGUAUAAUCUUGAUGGCUGCUGUAUUACACAUGAACACUUGUAUCAGUUACUGAAAGGAGAAAUGAUCAAUGUUAAAGUUAUUGACUUAUAUAUCAAGGUAUUGGCAAAAACAUAUUCAACUGAGGAAAGAUUUGUAGCCUCAUUACCAUGUAAUUUUAUGGAUUCGGUGAUAAACAUGAGUGAUGUCUCUAAUUGGUUUCAGCAUGUUCCAGAUGAAUGUUUUCAAAGAGGAUUACUCUUUUGGCCCAUGUAUCUACAGACUAAAAGUCACUUUAUUUUACUUGUGGUCAACUUCAUACUUAAAAGAAUACUACUUUUAGAUUCCUUGUCAGAUGCUCAGUUUACUGCUGUACAGCAUCACACUAGAAAUAUCAAGUAA